AUGGCCAGCCCAUCAUACACGCCGGCUCAGGCCCGGCAGCUAGUAGACCAGAUUGUUAAGAGCGCUGGAUACGUUCGAGAGAGCAGUCUGGGUACAAUGUCUCCGGAGGUGCGGCGUGAGGUAGAGGAAGCUCUGCUCACCAAAGACAAGCAAAUUGGCGCUUCCGUGCUGACACUCGCAAAAAACCUGUACACCAGCAAUGCUCGGUUCGUUUUCGAACUGCUGCAAAACGCCGACGAUAACCAGUACAGCGCCGCCUUGCGAGCUGGGAAAGCUCCCUUCAUUGCAUUCAAGGUCUAUCACGACAGGAUCGUGGUGGACUGUAACGAGGACGGCUUCAAUGAAAGAAACCUAAAGGCCAUUUGCAGCAUAGGCAAAAGCACGAAGACCGGAUCGCAGGCAUAUAUCGGUGAGAAGGGGAUUGGGUUCAAGUCGGUAUUCAUGGCAGCGUGGAAAGUGCAUGUACAAUCGGGUUCUUUCUCGUUCAGUUUCAUUCAUCGAAUGAAUGACUCCGGGAUGGGAAUGGUGAAUCCUCUCUGGGAAGAGCCUGUCGCCACGCUACCCCGGCCAUUGACCAGAAUCACCUUGUUUCUUCACGAGUACCAAGAUCCAACCGAACUCACACGCCACCGGGAGUUGAUUCGGAGGCAAUUCCGCGAACUCGAUGCUCCUCUCCUUUUAUUCUUGAGAAAUAUCCGGAACAUCAGUAUUUUCUUCUACGAUGAGAACGAGGUCGAGGAAUGGGCCGUGAAGUUCGUGCAGAAAACAGACUCAAUAGCUAACCGUGAGAUCCUGGAGACAUCGGAUCCCCUGGCGAGCUUGGGGACCCUUCCCAAGAAGCGAGUAUAUCACGUCACGAGGUACAAGGCGACAAACCUGGCGAAGAGUGAGAACAGAGCCUUGACGGCCGCGGAGGAAGCGAGAAAAUCUUACGCAACCUCGGAGAUCGUUCUAGCCUUCCCACUUACAGCCGACUCCAAACCAAUCAUCGAACCUCAGAAAGUAUUCGCAUUCUUGCCAAUGCGCUAUGUGGGAUUUAAUUUUCUCAUCCAGGCAGAUUUUGUCACGCAAGCCAACCGCGAGGAUGUCGUAGCGGAUUCCCCCAGAAAUCGCGGCUUGAUCAACAACAUCGCCAAGGCCUUCAUCAAGGCUGUGUUGGAGUUUUGCGAACACCCAGAUCUUCAGUACACCUGGAUGAGGUACCUCCCUACAGAGGGGUCACACCACUGGGACCGUCUUUGGUCUUCUCUCGUUGAUAAGAUCAAAGACCUCCUUGAGGACGAGUCGGUUCUGCGAACUCGUGAUCGCGGGGAGCUACGUCCGAUUUCCGAGCUAAGGCGUCGCCUACCUGUCCAUAAUGACCAAUUCGGGGCUCCUCUGCUCCAGGAUUCAUAUCCCGAGCUGUACUUGUCAGAUAAGUACCAAAAUAGCGAUAUUGAUGUUCUGGAGGAAUUCGGGCUGUCAACCCUAAUGAGGCUCGAGAUUGUUGAGUUAGCAAAACGCGACCUAGCCCGCUCCGAUUCACGAAUUAGAAAUUCUUCCAUGACCAGUGACUGGCACGGAAGGGUCUCGCGGCUACUCAGCAUACCGUGGACCCUUAAAAACAAAGAACUGGGGAAUCGCAGCAGAGCGGCCACCCGAAAGCUUCACCUAAUUCCGCUCAUCAACGGAUCCUGGGCCGCGGCAACGAAAGAGAUCAUGUGGGCCGAUAUCAACGGCAUACCAAUCCCACGAGAUUUAGGUUUGCGACUGGUUUGUCCAGAUGCGAAGGAAUCCGACGAGAGGAAACGCCUUUUCGACUAUCUGGGCGUGCAAUCUGCGUCCGCCCAAGUCGUGCGCGGGCUAGUUUUCGACAAAUAUCGCCGCAACAAGGCUACCAUAGAUAUCGCAAUGUCGAAAGAGCACCUAAGAUUCCUAUAUCUUACGGAUAUACCUACCGCAAAACUGAGUAAAGCUGAGAAGGAUGUACUUGCAGUUUUCGACUCGAUGGGAGCCAUGGUGAUUCCCAGCCUGUCAGUCGUUUACAAAGAAGACAACCAGCCUUACGGGGCGUAUCAGUUACUAGGCAUUAUAGGAGCUGUCUUAGCCAGGGUUUCCUUUCUGAAUUCCGCCUAUUUAGACGAUCCUCCCGAAAAGCCCUCCGGUGGAACGCUGUCCUGGACUAAAUGGCUGCAUGAUGUUCUCGGCAUUAGGCGUCAUGUCAGGCUCUAUGACAGCAGCUCGAAAUCUCUCUCGGAGGAAUUCCACCUCAAUGAAGAUAGUGAGGUUUCUCCGUGCGAAGCGCAUUUGCCUCUCCAAGAGCUCCGCCGUGUUUGCAGAAGGUUCACCGGUGGAGAUAAGGCAUAUUUUCUUUCUCUCCCGGAUUUGGCUGAUGAGAUUGAUGACGCGGAACUUCUUGUGAGCUGGGGAUUCCUGGCAGUUGACCUUGAUAUCGGAUUCCGAGAUGACUUGGACUUCCGACUGAAUCUCAUUACUAUACUCCAAGAUUCAUCGGACAAAACCCCAGCCCCGGAGAUAUCUCUCCGAGCAGCCUCCCUAUAUCAAUACAUAGAGGCUGCUUGCGUUGCUUCAGAAGACCCUUCGUCUGCUCGGUCUCGGGUCGAGCAGGACUUUCAGCUAUUCGAUUGUAUCUGGAUCCCGUGUUACGACGGCGAAGACAUCCAGUCUAAAUGGGUUGAUAGCCACAAAUGCAUCUGGGACGGACCCGACUACAUGAUGAGCUACAAACCACUCAAGGCGUUGUACAAAAAGGCCUUUCAAGGCUCCGCAGUGGAUAUUGACGAACUUGGUCACUUUUUCCAAAAGACCAUCGGAGUGGAGAACAUUCGGCACAGCCAUCUCAUAAAGGAGCUACAAUUGAGGAAGAAGAAUGAACACCUCGCUGAUCCCCAAUUUAUCAUUGACUUGUACCGGUUUUUGCACGAGCUUAUCAAUAUUGAAGAUGAUUUUGCUAACUACGUCAGGGAUACCUUCGAAAAGGAUGAACUUAUUUGCGUCAAGCGAAAGGGCUCGGUCACAUGGCAUCCUCCAAGCGAGUGCAUCUGGUCAACCAUGACUGAUAUCGAGGGGAAAGUUGCUAUUAACUCCCAGUACGAAGACCUGCAGGAAUUCUUCACGGCUACACUCGGCGUCAAGGCCGUGGACUUAUCGAUGAUCCACAAUUCUCUAUUGGAUAUAAGCAACAAGAGCCCAUCGGUGGAGAGGGUGAAAGAGCUCCUCAAGGCGUUUAAUUCUCUUCUCGGUCGCGAAGAGAACCCUCCAAAGCCUAAGCGCCUGCGUAAGGCCAAUGUGUUUCCCGUCCAGGCUCCCAACGGCGACUGUACUCUCUUGUCAGCUAAAUCGUCAUUUUUCAUUGCGGAUCGAGAAGACUCUUGGAGCGUGUUUAAGGAGAAAGCCAACCACCUCGCAUUCUCAUUGAAUGAUGUGUGCCGCCUAAGACCUUUCAUCAUCUGGGCAGGCUUAGAGUCAAGAUACCUGUCACAGAGAGUCAAGGAAUCGAGCCGGGUAGUGGGGGAUGUUGCAACUCCAAUCGGUGAUAGGGAACGCGAUUUGAAAGAAAAGGCUUACGGACUCCUUCGGCUAGCGAACAAGUAUAACAGCCCCAAGUAUGAAGCUGACCCGCAAGCUUUGUAUGAUGUCCUUCGCAAUAUCGCCACCAUGGAGUCCGAGGGCGUCUCCUCGACUCUUACGUUGGAAUUAGACGGAGAAACCUUCGAUCAUGAGCUCAGCAGGAGCGACUUGCACUUCGAAGAAACGGAUGGACAACUCACUGUAUACGUGCCACGGGAUGCGGUCGACCAAGACGUUUGUUUCCGAACGUCCCUACCGCGCCGUCUACUAUCCUGGCUCAUGGAUCGACCAGCGGCCCAGGUGUCUGGGAUCCCCGACGAAGAAGCAGCCCUCCACCUGCUCAAUAGCAUUCUGAACUGCCGUGUUUCAAGCUUGCCGUGUAUCUUGACAAGGGAAGGAGUUCCCGUGAUUGAUAUACCUGAAGUAAUGCAAGAGCGCACCGCUCCUUCAACUCUAGCGGUGGAGUCCCCACCAAUCACUCCCACGCGACCAAGCCGCACACCACAGAACAUACCAUUAACGGGUUCGACGACCGUCUCCGUAUGGACACCGCAGACUGUUUCAUCGUCGAGCAACGAUUCAGGAGUCCCUACACCCCUAACCAACCGCGGUGACGACUCUGACGAGUUCGGCGAGGACACGGGCUUUGGAACGCCAUCUUAUUUCGUACGAUCACGUAUAAGCAGCACUGUCCGCGAUUCGGGAUACCGGGAUCUUCUCACCAGGGUAGUAAGCGCCGCCCGCCGCGCAACAUUUCCGGAUCUUGGCCCUCCGGACGGGUUGUCUACUGCGCUGCAAAACCUCUCCGUUGGCUCAGAUGUGGCUAGCACCGUGCGCUACACAUCUGAUUGGGAGCGCCGCGUUAAAACGGGUGCAGCAGGGGAGCUUUUCGUAUUCGAGCUGUUAUCCAACCUCGAGCCAAACUUGCCUUCAUUCGGCCGUGGAAAUUGGAAGAGUAGGAUCCGACACUACGUGAAAGUGCAUCCGGAGUAUGCAGACCUGUCCGAUUUCACAGAAGCGGAGACGUCGGAUAUCGUUUAUGGCGAUGAAUCCGGAACUCUCACUUCGCUGAUGAUCCAAAAGGGCUAUCUAUCUAGCACCCAUUGGACAGGGAAAUCGCCUACGUACUACAUAGAGGUUAAGACAACCACCGGGCCAUGCGCUACUCCUUUCUAUUUUAGCGGUGGUCAACAUGCCAGGAUGCAAAAUAUGACCAACGGUCCUUCCGGGGAUGCCAGGCAGGAUGAGAUUUACGCAAUUUUCCGGGUUUUCGAUCUAGGAAGGGGUUCAAUUGGGCUCAAAGUCUUUAUAGAUCCCGAACGACAUCGGCAACGGGAAGUUCUGAGCUUUGUGUCGGAUCAGUACACGGUUUUGCCAGGCCCACGGUAUUACACUUCAUGA